UGAUGAUGGCAAGGUUAAGCAUGAAGCAAGAGCCGCUAUUAAGAGGUUUCGUGAGAAUGACAGUGAUACUGAAUCAGAAGUUGAUGAAAUUGUUGGUAGCAAUAACGUUUCAGCAUCUUUAGCGGACCUCAGUGGUCAAGAUGGUGCAGCUCCAAACACUUGGCGUGAUUCUUUUAAAUCUGAAAAUGCAGAAGAUGAUACAAAAGUUUUCCUUUCUUUUGAUUGGGAGAAUGAAGACCCAUAUGAGAAGGCUGUGGAGCGAUUGAUUGAUGAAGGAAAACUCAUGGAUGCUCUUGCACUUUCGGAUCGCUUUUUACGCAAUGGGACCUCAGAUCGAUUGCUUCAGCUACUCAUUGAACGGGGAGAAGAAAACCAUACAAUCUCCGGACAACCUCAAAGUUAUGGAGGUCACAUUAUCUGGAGCAAUAGUUGGCAAUAUUGCUUGCGAUUGAAGGAUAAACAACUGGCGGCUAGACUUGCUCUCAAGUAUGUGCACAGAUGGGAACUUAAUGCCGCGUUGGAUGUUCUCACCAUGUGCAGCUGCCACAUCCCUCAAAAUGAUCCAAUUAGAAAUGAGGUGUUGCAAAUGAGACAAGCUUUGCAGCGAUACAGCCAUAUAUUAAGUGCAGAUGAUCAGUAUAGCAGCUGGCAAGAGGUUGAAGCACAGUGUAAGGAAGAUCCAGAGGGCUUGGCACUUCGGUUAGCUGAGAAAGGAGCAGUUUCUGCUGCUCUAGAAGUGGCUGAAAGUGCAGGAUUAUCCAUAGAUUUGCGCAGGGAACUGCAGGGUCGGCAACUUGUGAAACUUCUUACAGCAGAUCCUCUUAAUGGUGGAGGUCCUACAGAAGCUUCACGUUUCCUAUCUUCUCUACGUGACUCUAAUGAUGCUCUUCCAGUGGCUAUGGGUGCAAUGCAACUAUUACCCAACCUUCGAUCAAAGCAACUUCUUGUUCACUUCUUCCUGAAGCGAAGGGAUGGGAAUCUAUCGGAUGUUGAGGUUAUUCGACUGAACUCAUGGGCUUUAGGUCUUCGUGUUUUGGCUGCCUUGCCAUUGCCAUGGCAGCAAAGAUGUUCCUCUCUGCACGAGCACCCACAUUUGAUAUUAGAGGUUCUGCUGAUGAGGAAACAACUACAAUCUGCUUCUCUGAUUCUUAAAGAUUUUCCUUCGUUAAGGGACAACAGUGUAAUUAUAGCAUAUGCUUCUAAGGCUAUUGCUGUCAGUAUUACAUCUCCUGUGAGAGAACCACGAAUAUCUGUCUCAGGAACAAGGCCAAAGCAGAAAACAAGAACUGGUGCAAGGUCCUCUUUUACUAGCAGUCUAAGUAACUUGCAAAAGGAGGCUCGUCGAGCUUUUUCUUGGGCUCCACGUAAUACUGGAGAUAAGGCUACUCCAAAAGAUGUUUACCGGAAACGAAAAAGUUCUGGAUUGACACCAUCUGACAGAGUUGCUUGGGAGGCCAUGGCUGGCAUUCAAGAGGAUCGUGUUUCUUCAUACUCUGCUGAUGGGCAAGAACGUCUUCCUUCUGUUUCUAUUGCAGAGGAAUGGAUGCUAACAGGUGAUGCCUGUAAGGAUAGAGAUGUUCGUUCGGCUCAUCGAUAUGAAAGUGCACCUGAUAUUAUUCUCUUCAAGGCUCUCCUUUCUUUGUGUUCUGAUGAGUUAGUUUCUGCCAAAAGUGCACUGGACUUGUGUAUUAAUCAGAUGAAGAAUGUGUUGAGCUCCCAACAGUUGCCUGAGAAUGCAUCUAUGGAAACAAUUGGUCGAGCAUAUCAUGUCACAGAGACAUUUGUGCAGGGACUACUUUAUGCUAAAACCCUGCUGAGAAAGCUUGCGGGGGUUGGUGAAUUGUCCAGUAAUUCAGAAAGGGGUAGGGAUGCUGAUGAUGCAUCCUCUGAUGCCGGUAGCUCUAGUGUUGGUAGUCAGGCCACCGAUGAGUUAUCUGAAGUUUCAUCACAGGCAGAUAUUUGGCUCGGACGCGCUGAGCUGCUUCAAAGCCUUUUGGGAUCUGGAAUUGCUGCUUCUCUGGAUGAUAUUGCUGAUAAAGAGUCAUCUGCUCAUCUACGUGACCGAUUGAUUGUUGAUGAACGAUACAGCAUGGCUGUAUAUACUUGCAAGAAGUGUAAGAUUGAUGUUUUCCCGGUGUGGAAUGCAUGGGGUCAUGCUUUGAUUCGGAUGGAGCACUAUGCGCAAGCUCGUGUCAAGUUUAAGCAAGCUCUUCAAUUGUAUAAGGGUGAUCCUGCACCUGUAAUUCUGGAAAUCAUUAAUACAAUCGAAGGAGGUCCUCCCGUGGAUGUUUCAGCCGUUCGUUCCAUGUAUGAACAUUUGGCCAAAAGUGCACCAACAAUCUUGGAUGAUUCUCUUUCUGCUGAUUCAUAUCUCAAUGUUCUAUAUAUGCCAUCUACAUUUCCACGUUCAGAGAGAUCCAGGCGGUCUCAAGAAUCUGCAAAUAAUAAUUCUGCUUAUGGUCCUGACUUUGAAGAUGGUCCUCGCAGCAACCUCGACACCAUUAGAUAUGUUGAGUGUGUAAACUAUUUGCAAGAAUAUGGUCGCCAGCAUUUGCUUGGUUUUAUGUUCAGGCAUGGUCAUUAUAGUGAUGGUUGCAUGUUGUUCUUUCCUCCCAAUGCUGUUCCUCCACCUCCUCAACCAUCGACAAUGGGAGUAGUUACUUCAUCAUCAUCCCCUCAAAGACCUGAUCCUCUGGCGACUGAUUAUGGCACCAUUGAUGAUCUGUGUGACCUAUGUAUUGGCUAUGGUGCAAUGUCCAUUUUGGAGGAGGUGAUUUCAAUGAGAAUAUCGUCUGCUAAGGAACAAGAUUUAGCUGUAAAUCAGUUUACUAAUGCAGCACUUGCCCGUAUUUGCACCUAUUGUGAAACUCAUAGGCAUUUCAAUUACCUAUACAAGUUCUUGGUGAUAAAAAGGGACCAUGUUGCAGCUGGACUUUGCUGUAUUCAGCUAUUUAUGAACUCUUCUUUCCAGGAGGAGGCUAUCAAACAUUUGGAACAUGCUAAGAUUCAUUUUGACGAUGCAUUAUCAGCUCGAUACAAGGGUGGAGAUUCUACCAAGCUUGUUACAAAGGGUAGUAGAGGAAAAAGUGCCUCUGAGAAACUCAGUGAAGAAGGACUUGUUAAGUUUUCUACUCGGGUAUCAAUACAGGUGGAAGUUGUAAAAUCCUUUCAUGAUUCUGAUAGACCACUGUGGAAACAUUCCCUUUUUGGAAAUCCAAAUGAUCCAGAAACCUUCAGGAGGAGGAGUAAGAUUGCAGAGACACUAGUGGAGAAGAAUUUCGACUUGGCUUUCCAAGUUAUCUAUGAAUUUAAUCUUCCAGCUGUUGAUAUAUAUGCUGGUGUUGCUGCAUCUCUUGCUGAAAGGAAAAGGGGCGGUCAGUUGACAGAAUUUUUUAGAAACAUAAAAGGAACAAUUGAUGAUGAUGAUUGGGACCAGGUUCUGGGGGCUGCAAUAAAUGUAUAUGCUAAUAAACACAAAGAGCGCCCUGAUCGUCUCAUAGACAUGUUAACCAGCAGUCACAGGAAGGUGUUGGCUUGUGUGGUUUGUGGUCGGCUAAAAAGCGCUUUCCAGAUUGCUUCUCGAAGUGGAAGUGUGGCUGAUGUUCAAUAUGUAGCUCAUCAGGCAUUACACGCAAAUGCACUCCCCGUGCUUGAUAUGUGUAAACAGUGGUUGGCUCAAUAUAUGUGACAUGUUGCUCACGAAAGUAUACCUGAUUCAAUUAGCCUGCAGCACUAUUGUUUUGGUGACUCCAUUUCGUUGAGAAAGGUCAAAAGCCAUGGAGUUCAAUUGCAGAAUUUGUGAUGGUUUUAGAUGCUAUUCAAAGCAUGCCAUAUUGAAAACCACUAGCACGUGAAAUAUGAAGAGGAAGGCUUUAGAACUCCAUUGUCUUUUCUAUUCUGUUAGCUUUCUCUUCCUGCAAUCAGUUGCCAUAGUUGCGUCGGUACCAUUUGAGUUGGUACGUUGGUGAUUGAAACCAUAGCAAAGCUUGCAAAAUCUACAGAGGAAAGCUACGUGAUAUGGCUGAAUAAAUAUUUCAAACUGAAUAAAGAAUACAGAAAAGUGGUUAUACAGUGUUAAUGCGGAAUCAUUUGUGGAUAUGAGAGAUCGUAGUGUUCCAAGAGCUGCUAGAUUUACUUUUCCGUGUAUUAAAUAUUAAUAUGGGGUCUUUCUAGUAUCAACUUCUUUCUCUCUUUAUUUUACUUUCUGGGCUGUAUCAAAUUGAUUUCCUCAACUUAAUAAUUUACUGUUGUAAAAUAGAUGGUAGGGGAACAGAAAAAGCAAUAGCAGAAGGUGUAAGAUUGGCAUGUAUACGAAAAUAUUUUUUUUUUCAUGGCUUC